AUGCAGCCGGUUCAGUCGAGCGCGCGCAACGUCGCGUCACUCCCGCCAACACGCCCACACAAAAUGCACGCAAUAGUCCUAGCGGCGUUGGCUGCUGUCACCACAGCCAUGCCAUCCUACAUCGCGGUGCCGGCGGACCAGAUCGCCUUCGUCGACCUAUCGGAGUUACGUGUACGCAGAGUGCCGCGUCAGACUCUUGAGCCCCCGCCUCCGCAGCACCUACCACAAGCGCUGUACCAACAGGAUUAUCAACCGAUACAGUUCCAGCAUUAUCAACAGCAACCGAUUGCCCUAGCGCCUCCACAACAGCCUGAAGCCCCAGCAAGACUGAUCGGAGUCCAAAACCAACAAAAAGACGUAGCAGGAGCAGGUACUUUAGGUAGAAGCUUACAAUAUGCGGAGAGGCCGCCGGACUUUGGAGAAUACGUGGACUUUGGGGCUCAUACAGGAGACAACGGCGCCUUCGGGUGGUAUGCAGACUUUCCCAUCAAUAACCAUGAAGAUUCUAGUUACAGGAAAUAG